AUGAAACGGCCUGUAUGUGACAGCAAUGGCCAUUGGCAUCGAAAUCAGUGUACUUUUUUGCGGGCACAAUGCAUUGCUAUGCAAAGUGGACUACGGCUAUCUUUAGCUGAUGAAAAGUGGUGCUCUAACAAUAGCGACAAAAAAGAAAUCAAGAAAGGUCGAAAUUCAAAAAAUCACCCUCAACGAGCAUCACGUCGUUGUUUUCGUCAAUGUGCGGAAAAUCUCACGUAUCAACCGAUAUGUGCAACAACCUUUGUGACUUAUCCGAAUCGAUGUUUAUUUUUAAAUGCAAAAUGUCGAGAUAGAAAUUUGGAACAACUUUAUUAUGGAGAAUGUCGAGAUUGUUUGGCUUCAACUUGCAAUGAUACAAUAGAGGAGAUGGAAUCAGAUUCAAAUUUUGUGUGCGAUCAAGCUGGACAUACGAAACGAAAAUGCGAAUUUGAAAUGCUGCGAUGUAUUUAUGAACGAAAGUUUGGUUACAAUAUUACCGCUGCAUAUGUAGGACGUUGUUGCCCAACCGAAGAUACAUGCGAGCAAUCUUUUGAUGAGAGAGGACAAUUAAAGUUAGGGGGAGCAGUUUGCGAUUCGCGCAACAUUACUCAUUCAAGUCGUUGUCGCUUUGAGGUGCACAAAUGUCGAGAAGAAAAGAUCACACAUAAUCGUAUCACACUGGUAAAUGAGAAUGGAGGCUGUUCUGCGACGUUUAUCCUAAACGAUCAAAAAUUACCUGAAGAAGUAAAUGAAACAAUAAAAUGUAAUAAUGACAUUGACUGUGACACAAAUUAUAAGCCUAUUUGUGGUACGGAUGGAAUUACUUAUGUUAAUCGAUGUCGUUUGAUUAAAGCACAAUGUGUUAACAAAACAUUGUUGAUGGCAUAUAAUGGUGAAUGUUGUACAAAACGAUGUGAACAACAUUGGGCUCCUGUAUGCGAUAAUCGCAAUAUUACUCAUUUGAAUUUAUGCAUGUUCAGCGUGCAAAACUGCACUGCUACUCGAAGUAUUGGUCAAUCAUUAAGUAUUGUCAGCUAUACAGCAUGUAACAAUGAUGCAUGCAGCAUGCAAUGCAAGCAGAAUGAUUAUCAACCUGUUUGCGCUUCAAAUGGCAUAACAUAUCAAAACGAAUGUGAAUUAAACAAUGCGAUUUGUCGACUUAAUAAACAGCGCAAUCGAUGGAAUCCAAUGGGAAACGAAGAAACGAAACUAGAACUUGACUAUAGAGGAGAAUGUUGCGAGGAAAUUACGACAAAAUGUGAUGCAAGCAAUAAUUUCUCAGCAAUUUGUGACAGCGAAGGUCGCACGCAUAAUAAUAUUUGUGAAUAUGAACGAAUGGCAUGCCUUUCACAUAAACGCUUCCGGACAAAUUUAACAAUUCGAUAUUGGGGUGAAUGUUGUGUGGAUAACUGUCAACAUGAACAACCAGGAAUGUCACUUUGUGAUGAUACACAAACAACCCAUGAUAAUUGGUGCAAGUUUAGAUUGGCACAAUGUGAGUCACAUCGUCGUAAUAAUCGAACGCUGCAAAUGGCACAUAUGGGUGAAUGUUGUACAAUAUCAUCACGUGCAGAAAAUUGCACUGAUAGUGGGCCUAUUUGUGAUAAUGAUGGCGUAACUUAUCUUAAUUUAUGUACUUUUCGGCACAAACAAUGCAUAAUGAAUCGAACACAACAAAAAUUAAUUAAAAUAGCUUAUUAUGGUAAUUCGUUUAAAUAUAAAAAGUUAUUAGUACUACACUGA